GAAAAACGAAUGGCUGUGUAGAAACCCUUUUGGCCAAAAGAAGUUCCACCGAUAUUAACGAACCUCCUCAAUUAUAGUAAGGUAAGAAACCACUUACAACCCAUUUAUCUCUGCUUCUUCCUCAAUGAUUCACUCUUCACACACUUCAUGUGUUACUGAUUUCAAUAGAACAAGUUUUUCUGUUUUUCAAUGUACAAGAACUUAUUAUGGGAGUUUAGUGUUUUCUAAACACUUCAAAUUAGAUUUCAGAAGUGGGUUUUUGUUGGGUUAUCCUAAUUUCAAAUAUCAUGUAAUUUUGAAACCAAUUAAGAGCCAUGUUGGUGAUUUAGCUCCACCUUUAGGGUGGAAGUUAAAUGAGGUUGCUAUUGAGAGUGAUGGUUCUUCUGUUGAGAGUGUAAACACUUUGAGUUCGGAUUUGGAUCGAGUCGAGGAGAGUUACGAUGAAAAUAAAGUGGUUGGCGAUGAUGAUGGCGAUGGCGAGGAAGGUGAAAAGGAGGAGUAUGAUGGUAGGGUUGAUGUUAAAGAACUUGCUAAUAGUUUGCAGAGUGCUAAGAAUGUGAAGGAUGUGGAGGAAGUUCUUAAGGACAAAGGUGAUUUGCCACUUCAAGUUUUUUCGACUAUAAUUCGAUGGUUUGGUAAAGAAAAGAGAGUGAAAUCCGCGAUGAUUCUUUUUGAUUGGAUGAAGAAGAGGAAGAUAGAGAGUAAUGGAUCUUUUUGUCCUAAUCUUUUUAUAUAUAAUUGUCUAUUAGGUGUAGUUAAGAAGAGUGAGAAGUUUGCGGAAAUGGAAGUGAUUUUGAAUGAAAUGGCUCAAGAUGGUAUCAGCUAUAAUGUUGUGACAUAUAAUACUUUGAUGGCGAUUCAUAUUGAGAAAGGAGAAGGUGAAAAAGCUCUUGAUAUGCUUGAGGAAAUCCGUAGAAAUGGCCUUAUCCCGUCUCCGGUAUCUUAUUCUCAGGCCAUGCAGGCGUAUCGGAUAAUGGAAGAUGGCAAUGGAGCUCUGAGUUUCUUUGUUGAGUUUAGAGAAAAAUAUCGCAAAGGUGAAAUAGGAAAAGAUGACGAUGGUGAAGAUUGGGAGAAAGAAUUCAAAAAGCUCGAGAGGUUUACAGUCUGUGUUUGCUAUCAGAUAUUGCGAUAUUGGCUUGUUAGUUCUGAAAACAAGAGCAGCGAUGUGUUGAGGUUUCUUAUUUGUAUGGAUAAAGCUGAUAUUUCACUGACGCGUGCUGAACUUGAACGACUCGUGUGGGCUUGUACUCGUGAAGAUCACUACAUUGUUGUGAAAGAGCUGUACAUUCGGAUACGAGAACGGUAUGAUAAUAUCAGCUUGUCUGUCUGCAACCAUACAAUUUGGUUGAUGGGGAAAGCCAAGAAAUGGUGGGCAGCUUUGGAGGUAUACGAAAAUUUAUUGGACAAAGGGCCAAAGCCGAAUAACUUGUCAAAUGAAGUGAUAAUGUCUCAUUUCAGAAUUCUUCUUAGUGCAGCCAGGAAAAGGGGUAUUUGGAAAUGGGGUGUCAAGUUGAUAAACAAGAUGGAGGAGAAAGGAUUAAAACCUGGAAGUAAUGAAUGGAAUGCAGUUCUUAUUGCCUGUUCCAAGGCUUCAGAAACUUCAGCAGCUGUACAAAUAUUUAGAAGAAUGGUGGAAAAUGGCAAAAAACCGACUAUAAUUUCGUAUGGGGCUUUACUGAGUGCUCUUGAAAAGGGAAAACUCUACGAUGAAGCUUUCCGCGUGUGGGACCAUAUGCUAAAGCUUGGUGUUAAACCAAACGUGUAUAUCUACACAAUCAUGGCUUCAAUUUACACUGCACAGGGAAAUUUUAGUAGAGUCGACGCCAUAAUUCAAGAGAUGGUAACAUUAAGAAUCGAGGUAACAGUAGUGACAUACAAUGCAAUAAUCAGUGGUUCUGCGCGAAACGGUAUGAGUAGUGCAGCUUAUGAAUGGUUUCACAGAAUGAAAGUUCAGAACAUCACUCCCGAUGAGAUAACUUAUGAAAUGCUGAUUGAGGCCCUUGCGAACGAUGGAAAACCAAGGCUUGCGUAUGAGUUAUAUUUGAGAGCUCAGAAUGAGGGCCUCGGUCUAUCUUUAAAAGCUUAUGAUGCAGUUUUGCAAUCCUCUAAGGUUCAUGGUGCCACUAUUGAUAUAGGUUUUUUAGGACCUCCUCCCGCAGAUAAAAAGACUAAAGCGAAAGUUAGAAAAAAUAUCGACUGAAUUUACAAUCUGGCUGAUGCUCACAGGAGACUGAUAGAAAGGAACUUCAUUGGAAAUGGAUUUGCUGCAGCAAUUGGCUGCAGUUUUUAAUACCGAUCGUCUGAUCUAAAUCAACGACAAAGAUUGUUUAAAACCACUUUUAUUGUUGUAUAAUCUAGCCCGUUCGAUAUCGAAUUGACGACCAAGAUUGGUUACUGUGUGUAAAUGUGUGCUUCCUUUGCAGCAAGGAAUCUCGAUCCGAACCGCAUCACACAGUUAUGAGAAAUUUUACAAGUAAUCUAGUACACUAAAAUUAGCAUAGUCAAAUAUUUUGUAGCCUCUGUACAUUAUCUGUUGCAGCUUGAGCUUUUUUGUAUCCUUAGCCGAGAAGGUAAAAGAAUCACACUCAUGUUUACUUCAUUUUUGGUAAGAAAAGUAGAGAUGUAACACUUCCUGUUGAGUUACUGCUGAAAUUAUGACUCACAUACUUGGAUAGACAUGGAUGUUUAUUCCUUUGAAGAUUUUUGUUUUGUUAUUC